AUGAAUUCUACACAGGACACUACAGAGUUGGACGUGUUUCUUAGACUGGGGACAGGUCGGUUACCGGCUGCUGUGUUCAUUAUCAUGGCUAUUGUCUUCGGGUUGCCUGGAAAUAGCAUCUCAUUAUACAUAUUCUUAUUUCGCAUGGAAAAGAAAUCCACCUACAUCAUAUUUGUGUCUUUCUUAGCCAUGUUCGAUGUCUUGACCUGCGCUGUGCACAUGCCUCUAGAACUCAUUGAUCUUAUGUUUCCCCUCUAUUUUUCAGAGUGGUUGUGUAAAUUUUUUCGAUUCAAUAACGGUGUGUUGUUCAUGGGGUCUCUGAUGACGUUAUUAGUGAUUGCGGUUGUGCGAUAUCGUCAUGUUGUUCAUCCUCUCAAAGAGAAAAUGUCCCAAACAACAGCAAAACGCUGCUGCUGGGCAAUUCUCGUGUGGUCCAAUAUAUCAUCUAUCCCGACUUGGUUUUUUAAUGGAAACCAUACAAUAACCAACGGAAACUCAACCGUCACCAUCUGUUAUAUAGCAGACGAGGUGCAAACAACCAUUUUCCCAACGAUCUGUUUUGGUUUCUAUGGUAUGCUGUACUGCAUGUCUGUCAUCAUUUUAAGUCUGGCCUACAUGCUCAUUGGUAAAACAAUUAGAAAGACAAAUAAGAAGCGAAAUCAGAUGAAACAACAACCAAUGAAAAGCGCAAUAAAAGAGAAAUCUCGGCAAAAGAUCUGGCACACGUAUAGAGCAUCAAAAUACAGAGUCACAGAGGAAAGAGUGACAGGUGUCGGGAACACCUCAAAAUUCAAUAACAGGAAGACGAAAGUGCUGUUUUUAAUUACAUUUAUUUUCAUUGUGGCGUAUCUUCCAUUUGUUUCUCUUGGUGUGGUGCUCACAUUGAGAAAAAAAUUCAGAGAAAACUUAUCUGAUGCGGAGGAAGCGUUAUACAGGAUUGCAAUGCGUUUUCCACUCAUUAAUAAUGUUGCUAACCCAGUCGUUUAUGGAUUCUAUGAUCAAGCGUUUAAGAGACACUUGACGGUAUUGUUUCAUCGCAGUCAUUGA